AUGUCUAUCCUACAGAAGAUAGCUGACAUCGAGGCCGAAAUGGCCAAGACGCAAAAGAACAAGGCGACGAACUACCAUCUGGGUUUGCUAAAAGCGAAGUUGUCCAAAUUGAAGGCACAGCUAAUUGAAGGAGGGACGAAAGGAGGCGGAGAAGGAGAGGGGUUUGACGUUUCCAAAACGGGAGAUGCGAGAAUAGGUCUAGUAGGAUUCCCCUCAGUAGGAAAAUCAACCCUAUUGAACAAACUAACCGGGACAUUUUCAGAAGUGGCUUCCUAUGAAUUUACAACUUUAACGUGUGUGCCUGGUAUUUUCAAAUAUAAAGGAGCCAAAAUGCAAUUACUAGAUUUACCAGGAAUUAUUGAAGGAGCAAAAGAUGGAAAGGGAAGAGGAAAACAAGUCAUUGCAGUAGCCAAAAGUUGUUCACUCAUUUUGAUAGUUCUAGAUGUAUUAAAACCAUUAACCUUCAAGAAAAUAAUUGAAAAGGAAUUGGAAGGUUUCGGAAUUAGGUUAAAUAAAAAACCACCAAAUAUUAUUUUUCAAAAGAAAGACAAAGGAGGAAUCAACAUCACGCACACUGUACCAUUAAACAACAUUGAUGAAGAUAUGAUAAAAUCCAUAUGCCAUGAAUACAGAAUUAUGAAUGCAAAUAUAUCCAUACGAUGUGAAGCUACUGUAGAUGAUAUCAUUGAUGUUAUUGAAGGAAACAGAUUAUAUGUUCCAUGUAUUUACGUUUUAAAUAAGGUAGACCAGAUUACAUUAGAAGAGUUAGAAAUUGUUACUAGGUUGCCCCAUAAUGUUCCUAUUUCUGCUCACUUAGAAUGGAAUCUAGAUGGGCUCCUAGAAGCCAUUUGGAACUACCUAGACUUGGUUAGAAUUUACACCAAACCUAAAGGCCAAAUUCCAGACUAUGAAUCGCCUGUUAUUUUAAAGAAGGAAAGAUCCAAGGUGGAAAAUUUCUGCAAAAAAAUUCAUAGGUCGUUAGUCCACCAGUUGAAAUAUGCCUUAGUCUGGGGUAAAUCCGUCAAACAUAACCCCCAGAAGGUUGGCAAGGAUCAUGAGCUGAAUGAUGAAGAUGUUGUUCAGUUGGUCAAGAAGUGA